AUAUGGUAUCAGAGAUGCACAAUAUUGUCGAUGGCCUCCAGGAGACGCCGAUGCUCAGCGUUGCAUGCUAUAUCGCAUCGCAUUCACAUGUGCGCCCUAUGGCCCUCAAGACCCGGUCGAAUCAGCUCGACCCGGAUGAUUCGACCGCAGAUGCCUCGCAUGUCCUCGGUAUAUCCCGAUGGGCAUGGAUGAUUGGACCCUGACCCUGGUGACGAACAAGAUAUAUAAUACGCGGGGGGAAACAGCGAAAUCGAAAGGACGAAACACAUCAUUUCGACAUCAUCAUCACCGCUGAUCACUCUACCAGCUACCUAUAACACCUGCUCGGAUCUCUCGCUCCAAACAUGCCUCGCCCUCACAAAUUCAUCUCUGACGACGAAUACUAUACUUGCGGGGAGCUGUACUAUCAGAUCGUCCCCGACACCAGUUCUGGGCAACGCCCCACUUUCGCCAUCACCGGGAUCAUCCCUCCCGAGAAACUGGAUGUUACCAAAGUCGCCUUGUACGUCACACAGCUACAGCAGCAACAGCAACAAGAUGGCACAGCGGACAGUGGCGUCGGCGCGGUCGCUAGGUAUAGCCUCCCCUUGUCGGACGAGGACGUCAACAAGGUGUACGAUGCCGGUCUUCCGUCCUCCCAUGGCAAGGGCAACGAAACUGUUUACGACCCCACCUACCGGCAGGCUCACGAACUCAAGCCUCCCGAUUUCGCCCUGUCCACCGACCUCAUCGAAGCUUCGGACGUUCUAAACAGCCUGCCCACCACGAUCGGUCUGGCUGACCAGCGAUUGACGGUCAAGCUCCAUAAGCUCAAUGCUUAUGCGACUGGCGGGUUCUUCAAGCCUCAUCGAGACACCCCUCGAGGUCAAGACCACAUCGGAACAUUGACCUUCUGUCUCCCUUCUCAUUUCACAGGCGGUGAUCUGGUCAUCCGUCAAGAUGCCGCUGAGAUCAACGUCGAUUGGUCUCGCCAAGUACUCGACCCUGCCACAGGUGUGGGAUCUGUCGGUUGGUGCUUCUUAUACUCGGAUUGCGAACACGAGGUCUUGCCUGUUAAGAGCGGACUCAGGGUGACCCUGGCCUAUGAUGUGUUUUAUCAUCGGGAGGACCCUGCGAAAUACCCUGCCGGAGAAGAGAAGUUUGUUCUUGGCGAUAGUAGAGCCAACGAGAUGCUAGCCAUCUUUUCCAGGAUGUUCGACCCUAGAACCUCGCUGGACUAUUUCCCCGACGGCGCCACGCUCGGUUUCGGCCUGCGACAUGCAUACGCAGGGCAAAACGGUUGGGUGAAAAUGAAAGACCUCCAAACCCGGCUCAAAGGGAUUGAUCGAGCUUUGCUAAGCACUUUAGUCCGCUGUGGCCUUCAUUAUGAGAUCACGGCCGUCUAUGAGGCAGACCAGGAUGAGAAGGAGUGGUACGUUGACCAGCAACAUCGGGAACACGGAACCGGAGGGAAGGACGGAGAUCUUUUCGUCUACGUUCAAGAAGGCAACACCAAACAUGGAUACAAUUCCAAGCUGACUGCCGAAGUCGACGAGCGGUCUUGGCCAUACUAUCAAGGAGUCCUGAUUUCCCGUCACCCGCGCCUACUGGCAGGUGCAAGUCACGUCGAGGACACAUACGCCGAAUUGGUAGAGUCCGGUGCACAAGAUCGACCGGACAUUGUGUGGAUCACCGAGCCGAGCGUCUAUGAAAACAGGAAUGACUACUGCGCAUAUGGAAAUGAGGCUAUGCACACAACCUGUUACACGGCGUGUGCGAUCGUUGCCAAGCUGCCUCCGGCCAAGGACAGGAAGCUUCCCAAGGCACUCGAAAGGUUCCUGGACGAUGACGAUGACGCGGAGGCGAUCAACACGCACGAAGCUGACGCCGCCAUAGCCGAGACAAGCUCGUGCAAAGUCCCGGAUGCUCUCAUGGCCGAUUCUGAUCCUGAAGAAUUCGUUGGUCACUGUUCGGCUGUCGGUACGGUGGUUUGCUUGAUCAAGAUGCGAGAUCUGCUAUCGAACGUGAAGGAGCGAAGACCGGCGCGAAACCUCCUCGUCGCUCGAGCAUUUCGGUAUCGUCAGCGCCAACUCGCUGACCUUUCCUCGACUCGAAAGGGCGCCGCUGUGUCCAACCUUGCUUCAAAGACAAUGCGGUCGAGAUACAUGGACAAAGAGGCGAUGAUGUUUCAUCAGGAAUUCUUUUCUCUCUCUCGCACGAAAACACCCCUUCGCUCUUACCUACAGCAAAUACCAAUCCAUACGUCGCACGCCAUGUCGCCUACCAACGACGCUGCUGCUCAACGAUCGCCGGAGGAGAGGGCAGCCGAACUCCUGCCUCGCAUGACCCUGAAGGAGAAGGCCGGUCUCAUGUUCCACACCAUCACUACUCUCGAUCCUCUUGACGCCAACGCUUUCGGUCUCGGAAGCACCAAAGAAUUCCUAGAGAGAGGGAUCGUUCACUUCAACGUGCACGGCGCUGUCGAUGACCCCAAGGUGAUCGCGAGACAUCAUAACGAAAUGCAAAAGCUUGCCCUUUCUAUGGGCGUCAAGGUACCCAUUACGAUCAGCUCGGAUCCGAGGCAUGCGUUCUCGCACAAUGUCCUAGCUUCAAUGAUGGCGGGUUGCUUCUCCGAGUGGCCCGAAUCCUUGGGUAUGGUCGCUCUGCAAGAUGAAAAGAGGAUGGAAGAAUACUGCGACAUCAUGAGACAAGAGUACGUGGCCUCUGGAAUUCGAGCCGCUCUCCAUCCUCAGGUGGAUCUCGCCACACAGCCUUUGUGGUCCAGGAUAGCCGGAGGGUUAGGAGAGGAUGCCGACCUGGCGUCCCGUUUAACUGCAGCCUACGUCCGAGGUAUUCAGGGUGCCGUUCUUGGGACCGAGUCGGUGUCCGCAUGCGUCAAGCAUUUCCCAGGAGGCGGUCCUGAGCGUGAUGGACACGAUUGUCACAUGCCCUGGGGUGCCGAGCAAGACUACCCCGGCGACCAAUUCGAAUACCACCUCAAGCCAUUCAGGGCCGCCGUUGACAGCGGUGUACGACAGGUCAUGCCAUCGUACGGCAAGCCGAUGGCCACAAAGUUCCCCGAGGUUGCGUUCGGUUUCAACAAGGAGGUUCUCGACGGCGUCUUGCGCAAAGACCUCGGUUUCAAGGGCAUCAUUUUGUCGGACUGGCUCAUCUUGGAAGGCGUUCCCGGAUCCAAAGAUGAUGCCCUGCAGGCCAAGGCCUGGGGAGUCGAGCAUCUCUCGCUGGACGAACGGAUCAUCAUGUCGCUCGAUGCCGGCGUCGAUCAGUUCGGUGGCAACACAUGCGUCGACGCACUCGUGAAGCUGGUCGAGUCGGGCAAGGUACCUGAGAGCAGGAUCGACCGCUCGGCCUUGCUUCUGUUGGAGGAGAAGUUCCGUUUGGGCAUCUUUGACAACCCCUACGUUGACGAAGAAAAGGCCGCCACCAUUGUCGGCAAGGACGAGUUCCGACACGCCGGUCUGCGAGCUCAAUCGGACUCGCUCACAUUGCUGCAGAACCGAAAAUCGUCCAAGGACGGUAAACCUAUUCUGCCGCUCGCAAGGGGGACCAAAGUCUUCCUCGAAGGGUUCGCGUCGGUCCCCGAAAAGUACUCUGGCGACGUCGUCUCCUCCGCUUCUGAAGCAGACGCUAUCAUUGUCAGGAUGGACACCCCCUGGACUCCUAUCGGCGAAGGGGAACUCGCCAGGCAGUGGCAUCACGGGCCGCUCGACUUCAAACCUGAACAGCUCGAGCGCAUCGCCGAGCUCGCCAAGCUAGCUCCCGUCGUCUUCGACAUCUACUGUGAUCGCCCACCUGUCCUCGGUAGUAUCGUCGACUCUGCCUCCGCCAUUCUCUGCAAUUACGGGGUCCGAGAGGAAAUUCUGCUUUCCGUUAUCUAUGGAGAAGCUUCGCCCAAGGGCAAGUUGCCCUUUGAUCUCCCCAGGAGCAACGAAGCCGUUAUCGCUAGCAGGUGUGAUGUCGCUUUCGAUACUAAGGACCCGGUCUUCAGGUUCGGCCACGGAUUGAGCUACGAGUAG